AUGUUCUCCCGUACUGUUCGCCCGGCCAUCAAGGCCGGCAGUGCUUCCCUUGCCCGCACUGCCCCGUCCAAUGCCGCCAACUUUGCGACUCUUCGUGAGAUUGAGGGCCGUCUCAAGUCCAUCAAGAACAUUGAGAAGAUCACCAAGACCAUGAAGAUUGUCGCCUCUACUCGUCUUACCCGCGCCCAGAAGGCUAUGGACGAGUCCCGCGGUUACGGUCAGACUUCCAACACCCUCUUCGAGCAGGCCGAGACCAAGCCUCUGGAGGACAAGAAGACUCUGAUCGUCAUUGCUAGCUCCGACAAGGGUCUUUGCGGUGGUAUUCACUCCGGCCUGGCCAAGACCGCUCGCCGUAUGGUUACCGAAAACCCUGAGUCCGACAUUGUCAUCCUCGGUGAGAAGGCUAAGGCUCAGCUGUCUCGUUUCGCUCCUGAGAAGAUCCUCCUGAGCUUCUCCAACGUCUGCAAGGAUAUCCCCACCUUCGCCGAUGCUCAGGCUAUCGCCGACCAGAUCGCUCAGCUGCCCACCGACUACGCCAGCGUUCAGAUCGUCUACAACCACUUUGUCAACGCUCAGUCUUACGAGCCUCAGACCCUUGAGGCUUUCAACGAAGAGGCUAUCACCCAGUCCGCCAACAUCUCCGCUUACGAGAUCGACGACCAGGCUCUCGCUUCUCUCCGCGAGUACUCCCUCGCUAACAACAUUUUCUGGGCCCUGGCUGAAGGCCACGCCUGCGAGAUUUCCGCUCGUCGCAACGCCAUGGAGAACGCCUCCAAGAACGCUGGUGAGAUGAUCCAGAAGUUCCAGAUCUUGUACAACCGUCAGCGUCAAGCCGCCAUUACCGGUGAGCUGGUCGAGAUUAUCACCGGUGCCACCGCCUCUGCCGAGCAGUAA